GUGCUACUUAAAAACGGAGCGAAUGUCAACGAUCAAAAUAACGAUGGAAAAACGGCAUUGUUUUGGGCUUCGAAAGAAGGUCACUCAAAUGUAGUUGAGCUUUUGCUUAAGAAUGGCGCAGAUAUUAAUUUGAAAGAUAACAACGGAUGGUCACCAAUAAUUGGCGCCGCUCAAGAAGGUCAAGAGCGAGUUAUUGAGCUUCUACUCAAAAACGGAUCAAAUGUGAACGAUCAAAAUAACGAUGGAGAAACUGCGUUGUAUUUGGCUUCGGAAAGAGGUCACUCAAAUGUAGUUGAGUUAUUGAUUAAGAAUGGAGCAGAUAUUAAUUUGAAAGAUAACAACGGAUGGUCACCAAUUUACGCAGCUUCUGUAAAUGGACACGAACGUAAUGUUGAAAUACUGGUCACAAAUGGAACCCUUGUAAAUAUCAAGAAUAAGGACGGAUAUUCACCAAUACAUGGUGCUGCAGAUAACGGUAAUGAGCAAAUUGUUGAAAUGCUACUUAAAAACGGAGCAAAUAUCAACGAUCAAGAUAACAAUGGAAAAACGCCAUUGUUUUGGGCUUCGGAUAAAGGUCACUCAAAUGUGGUUGAGCUAUUGAUUAAAAAUGGCGCAGAUAUCAAUUUGAAGGAUAACAACGGAUAUUCACCAAUAAUUAGCACCGCUCAAGAAGGUCAUGAGCGAAUUGUUGAAGUGCUACUUAAAAACGGAGCAAAUGUCAACGAUCAAAAUAACGAUGGAGAAACUGCGUUGUAUUUGGGUUCGGAUAAAGGCCACUCAAAUGUAGUUGAGCUUUUGCUUAAGAAUGGCGCAGAUAUUAAUUUGAAAGAUAACAACGGAUGGUCACCAAUUUACGCAGCUUCUGUAAAUGGACAUGAACGUGUUGUUGAAUUACUGAUCACAAAUGGUACCCUUGUAAAUAUCAAGAACAAGGUCGGAUAUUCACCAAUACAUGGUGCUGCAGAUAACGGUCAUGACGGAGUUGUUGAAGUGCUACUUAAAAACGGAGCAAAUGUCAACGAUCAAAAUAACUAUGGAGAAACUGCCUUGUAUUGGGCAUCGAAUAAAGGUCACUCAAAUGUAGUUGAGCUAUUGCUUAAGAAUGGCGCAGAUAUUGAUUUAAAAGAUAGCAACGGAUGGUCACCAAUCUAUACAGCUUCUUUAAAUGGACAUGAACAUGUUGUUGAAAUACUGAUCAGAAAUGGUGCCCUUGUAAAUAUCAAGAAUAAGGACGGAUAUUCACCAAUACAUGGUGCUGCAGAUAACGGCCAUGAGCGAGUUAUUGAAGUGCUACUUAAAAAGGGAGCAAAUGUCAACGAUCAAAAUAACGAUGGAGAAACUGCCUUGUAUUGGGCUUCGGAUAAAGGCCACUCAAAUGUAGUUGAGCUUUUGCUUAAGAAUGGCGCAGAUAUUAAUUUGAAAGAUAACAACGGAUGGUCACCAAUACAUGGUGCCGCAGAUAACGGUCAUGAGCGAAUUGUUGAAGUGCUACUUAAAAACGGGGCAAAUGUGAACGAUAAAAAUAACGAAGGAGCAACUGUGCUUGACCUUGCUACUAGUAAAGGAAAUUGGAAAAUCAUUGACCUCCUUAAUGCCGUUCGUCGAAUGCGGCCAUCAGAAA